CCUCAGGAAGGAAGGAAGGGCGGGAGGAGCAGCGGCAGGAGGAGGGGGGAGAGAGGAAGCUGGAGAGGCCUGCCCUGCGGACCCGCAGCCAUUUCGCGCUCUCAUUCCCAGAGCUAAGCGCAGGUCUGUCAGGAGAGGAGAGGGGCGGGGGCGCAACAGCAGCAGCCUACACACCGGGCUCUCUCAGCUGUCACCGGGACCGGGCCCGCCGCAGACAUGAUGCCGACUAUAUUAACCGUGUUCCUGAGUAACAACGAGCAGAUCCUGACGGAGGUCCCGAUCAGCCCGGAGACGACAUGCAGGGACGUGGUGGAAUUUUGCAAAGAGCCGGGCGAAGGAGCGUGUCACCUCGCCGAAGUUUGGCGUGGGAACGAGCGCCCGCUGCCCUUGGAUCACCUGAUGUUUGAGCACCUGCAGAAGUGGGGUCCGCGCAGAGAAGAAGUGAAGUUCUUCCUCCGUCACGAGGAGUUCCCGGCCGAGAGUGCGGAGCCGGGAACCCGUCAAACCGCAAACCAAAGAAAUGGGGUCCCUGGGGAAAAACGGCUGGAAAACGGGGUCGGGAACCCUCGCGUGGAGCUGACGCUCACAGAGCUCCAGGACAUGGCCGGCCGGCAGCAGCAGCAGAUCGAGAACCAGCAGCAGAUGUUGGUGGCAAAGGAGCAGCGGCUGCGUUAUCUGAAGCAGCAGGAACGCCGCCAGCAGCAGACGAUCUCCGAGAGCGAAAAGCUUCAGAAGCUUAAGGAGCGAGUGGAGACGCAGGAGAGCAAGCUGAAGAAGAUCCGUGCCAUGAGAGGACAGGUGGACUACAGCAAAGUCAUCAACGGCAACCUGUCCACUGAGAUAGAGCACAUCACCGACAUGUUUCACGAGAAGCAGCAGGAGCUGCAGGCGGCCGUGCUCAAGGUGGAGCAGCUCACGCAGCAGCUGGAAGAGCUCCGCAAGGGAAAGCUGAACGGGUUCCAGGCUUACAACGGGCAGAUGACCGGACCGGCAGCGCUCGAGCUCAAAAAGCUGUAUCAAGAGCUACAGAUCCGAAAUCGUCUCAACCAAGAGCAGAACACGAAGCUCCAGCAGCAGAAGGACCUGCUAAACAAGCGCAACACGGAGGUCGCCAUAAUGGACAAGCGGAUCAACGAGCUCCGCGAACGUCUCUACAAGAAAAAAGUUGAGGCACGUCAAAAAGAAAACAUUCCCUUAAAUCGCAUCAACGGGACGCCGUCUCCUCAGUCUACGUUAUCUGCGUCUGGGAGGGUAGCGGCGGUGGGGCCGUACAUCCAGGUUCCAAGCUCUGCAAAUUAUACCCUGCCGGCCGAUCCGGUGAAGCCGCAGUCCCUGUCUCUGGCCGCCAGCGGGACGCACGCUCGUUCCAAAUCCGGUAGGCUCGACAGUGGGUGCGCGAAAAAAUCUCCAGGCGCCUGGAAGAUUUCCCAUUUAGACAUCAUAGCGGAUCCUAUGCUGUCGUCUCCCACUUCUCCUUCUCUGCGGCCUUCUCAUCGCGGUCUCAUCCAUCCGGCACCUGCUGGCUCUGACGCCCCGCACCCUAACGAUGCCAGCUGGCCGACACUGAAACAAGGUGCCGUAUCUGGGGCGAAGCCGCCUUAUCUGAGCCCGUCGGACCGGAAGGAGCCCGCCGCGGACCCUCCGUUUAAAGCUGGAGCCAUUUCCACUCAGCCUGUGCCUUCUGCCCCCGGACCCCCUGAUAAACUGGCAGCGGAUACCGGGAAGCUCCCACCAGCGGCCGCAGGGUUAAGUAAAACGUUGCCCCAUGGCUAUGGCGUGUACCAGCCCCCGCUGCCCCUCAGUGCCACCAACUCUCUGGAGAGGAGGAAGGAUGGAAGCUUGCCGAGAGCUGGUCCGGGCCAGACGGCGCGUACGAGGCCGCUGCCGCUGCCCACGCCGAGCAACGUCCACCCCCCCGGCUCCUCUCAGCAGAUCCAGCAAAGAAUCUCCGUGCCCCCCAGCCCCACUUACCAACCCUCGUCCUCGCCCCUCUUCCCCGGGACGGACAGCAGGCCCGACCCUCCGCUCACCGUGGCCAUUAGACCGUUCCUAGCGGAGAAGGCCGCGAGGCCGCAGUCCCCCAGGAAAGGUCCGCAGACGGUGAAUUCGAGCUCCAUUUACUCCAUGUACCUUCAGCAAUCGGCGCCUCCAAAGAGCUACCAGCAAGCGGUCUAUAACACCCUGAACAAGUCUGUAAAAGCAGUGUACGGGAAGCCCGUGGUGCAGCCUGGAUCCUCUAAUUCCUCGCCGUUACCUUUCUUGCACGGAUCAGGGCCACCCAACGCCUCACCCCUUCAGGGCGACGCCGCCGAUAAAGAGCAUGAAGGGGAGACGGCGCCGCCGUCCGGUGAAAACAGCGGCGGCGUGGAAAACAUCCCACGUCCUUUGAGUCCCACCAAGCUGACGCCGAUAGUCCACUCGCCGAUGAGAUAUCAGAGCGACGCCGACCUGGAGGCUCUGAGGAGGAAACUGGCCAACGCUCCGAGACCUUUAAAGAAACGAAGCUCCAUAACCGAGCCGGAAGGUCCGAGCGGGCCGAACAUCCAGAAGCUGCUCUACCAGCGCUUCAACACGCUGGCCGGAGGAAUAGAGACUGCGCCGUUCUACCAGCAGGGCGGCUCCCAAGACUUCGUUGGGAUUAUGGCUGACGUUAGCAACGGAAACACCAACGCCAACGGCAACGUGGAAGAGGCGGUUCAGCCGGCGGUUGUGCCCCCCGCCCCUGAACCCCUGAUCCCACCCGAUGAUAACGAUAACAAACUCUGUUCUCCUAUCACCGAAGAACUGAUCGGUGAAACCAUGAGCCAGAUAUCGGAAACCACCGAAGACAAUAACAACAACAAUCCAGCGGUUAUCCCUUCGAGCGACCCCAAGACCCCAAGUCCCAUACUGGAGGCCGCAUCUCCUGUGAAAGAGGAAGCCCCGGCGCCCCCGGCACCCGCCCCACCUGCCCCUCAACAGGUUAAACGAACGAUCCUGAAGAAGCCGAAUUCCGAGCGGACCGGACACGGCCUGAGAGUGAAGUUCAACCCGCUGGCUCUGCUGCUCGAUGCCUCGUUAGAAGGGGAGUUCGACCUGGUCCAGAGAAUCAUAUACGAGGUUGAAGACCCCAGUAAACCUAACGAUGAGGGGAUCACCCCUCUACAUAACGCAGUGUGCGCCGGGCACCACCAUAUCGUCAAAUUCCUGCUCGACUUUGGGGUCAACGUCAACGCAGCUGACAGCGACGGGUGGACCCCUUUACACUGCGCGGCGUCUUGUAACAGCGUGCACCUCUGCAAGAUGCUGGUGGAGUGCGGGGCGGCCAUUUUCGCCACAACCAUAAGCGACAUCGAAACGGCAGCCGACAAGUGCGAGGAGAUGGAAGAGGGAUACAUCCAGUGCUCGCAGUUCUUAUACGGCGUUCAGGAGAAGCUCGGAGUCAUGAACAAAGGCCUGGUGUACGGCUUGUGGGACUACGAGGCCCAGAACGGCGACGAGCUGGCGUUCCGCGAGGGGGAUGCCGUCGCCGUGCUCAGACGCAAGGACGACGCGGAAACGGACUGGUGGUGGGCGCGACUCAACGACAAAGAAGGCUACGUUCCAAAAAACCUCCUGGGGCUGUAUCCGCGGAUAAAGCCCCGGCAGAGGACUCUUGCCUGAAACGUGUGGCGGGCCGUGUGUCCCGGGGGUCAGGCCGGGAAGUACGCGUCCGACCCGCACUCGCUGAAGACAUUUCAUCAGGAUACUGAAGGUGCUUAAAGGACUGCAUUUCAAAGCUUUAUCACUGAAGUCUCUCCCCUCCGUCUGUCCCGAUCGUC